AUUAGGGACCUCGACCAAUCAAAAGCUAUCCGUAGUGGAUUUCGUUCAAUCAGACUACUUCAAUUCAUUCUCUGCCGAUCAGAAUACUCAUUUCCGCAUAAACAUAAACAUUUACGCAUUACCAAAACACAAAGGAAGAAGGCUAGAAGCAGACAUAUUUAACUUUUAUUGUCUUGACCUAAGGAUGCCGUUUUUAAGUCGGGAUUGGCGAUCACCAGGGGACCAGUGGGUAAGGACGAACGAGGGAUGGGAAAGACUUAAGCUGUGGCGAAUCAAAAUAUUCGAGCGAAUGAAUGAAAAUAUAUUGGCAAGAUUGUUGAGGCUAGCUGUCAGCGAAUAUGAUGACACAUGGCAUAAACAUCAACCACAUAUUCACUACAUCAAAGGAAUUUCAAAGGAGAGAAAGGUGAUGACAAGUCUGAGUGAGGCAUUUAUACAUCUGGACAUCGCAGGAGCUGCCAGGGACAUCAGACGAUUCAGUUACGUUAAAAAGCUAAUGUUCCUGCUGCUAACUCGUAACUUUCGAUACCUGAGUGGAACUUCACAGAAAAAUAUCAUCAGUAUUCUUGAGGAAAUGACAAAUCAAGCUUUGAAAACAGAGACUAAUGUUCCUGCAAUGAAGGAAUUGUUGAACUGUGCUGUGAACACCCUAACAGACGGACAAUACUCCCACAUUGGCAGUGAGAGUCUGUGGAACAAACACAGUGUGGCAGCGUCCAGGAUGAUUGCCAAGCUAGACAAAUACAGAGUCAAACAGAGAAAGACGGAUGGGAAGCCCAUGUUUGAUGAAUUACCAGAGGACUGCUUGAGGUGCAUCUUCAGAAAACUCUCAGAUCACAAUGACAUCAUACACACAGGUCAGGCAUGUCAGACCAAUCACAGGGUCUCUUCACAAAUGUUGCUAUGGAAACAGCUCUGUUUCUUCCACUUCACUGAUCGCCAGCUUUUGGUCUUCUUGCCACGGGAACUUGGUCUCGACGAAGAUAAGAUUGACUGGAAGUACAUCUACAGACGGUGCUACAAGCGUUUCGGAAUGAAGGAUAUAUUUGCCGAUCACUUGGCUAUAUGUUGUCACUGCGACACACUUUUCUGGCAGUCCAUUGGGCAUCCUUGCUUCAGUGAUUCUGAGGUUAAGUCAAGACCACUCUUGCCAGAAGCCUUCUUAGAUCUGUUUUUGUUGUGAAAUUAUUUUUUUUACAUUUUCUUUCCCAAUGUAUUUUGGAAAAUUCUGAUAAUUGCCAUGAUAAAUCAGAAGCACUUCAAAACAGAUCUGAUCUUUUGUCACUGCCGGAGUAAGAUCUGCUUCAGUUAGAUCAAAGUCGGGAAAGUACUGCCUUCUAAUGAGAAAACAGUACAGAAGUACAUCGCUAUUGAUAAUGACUACCAUGAUGCAGUCAUCACAUUUGAUAUAAUUUAAAAUCGGAUUAUGAUGUCAUCAACGCAAUUUAUAUCUGAAAACAAAAAUACCAUUUUCCUUCAUUGUUUCUGCUGGUUGAUGCCAGAUUUUGAUUUAUGAAUUAAUGAAUUCUCACAUGACACACACAAGAAGGAAAACUACACAAUGUGCAAUGUAAAUGGCUGUUUAGCUUGUAUUCAAAGCUAGGUAAAUCAUAUUGAGUUUUUAUUAUAUAUGUAUGAUGAGUAUUGUAAAUCUGUAAAUAUUAUGUAUAUAUGAUGUAUCCUAAGAAUGAUUUGUGUGUUAAUUUAUUGUUAAUUUAUUGUUAAUGAUAUUUCAAUGCAUUUUAAGGUUAUUGGUUAUUGUUAUUUGAAGCUUUUUACUGAGUGCUUUCAUUUAUUUGUUGUGUCGCCUGCGUUACGCAGUGGCAACAUAUAGGGAUCACUAUCCAUCGUCUUGCGUCGUCCUGCAUCGUCGUCUGGCGUCGUCACAAAAAAUUUCUGUCACAGUUUUCUCAAGAACCACAUGGGGCAACUCCCUGAUAUUUGGCACAGAGCAUCAGUGUGGCCAACUGUAUUGUGUAAGACAUUUUCGAAUCUGUUGCUUAUCAACUUCCUGUUUAGUGACAAAAACCAUUUCAAUAAUUUACUUUUUCAACAUUAUACGUGAUAUAUUACAUAUAGAAUGAACUAACAGGCGACACAUGUCUUCCGGGGAAGACUUAAUACUGCGUUUCCAUUUCAAAGACUUGUUUCAGUGUAUAUCCAAUGUUGCUUGUGUUUAUUGAUCCAUGAAGCAAUCCUCAUGACACAUUGUUUCUCAUAGACUAUAGUCUACAGGGUCAUAUCUCCUAGUAUAAGAGGACAAACAUGUUUCCACAUUUCAGAUGAUGUAAAAGUGCAUUAGUCUUUAAUCAGGAUCAUUAGGAAAAAAUAUACAUGUAAGCAGUAAUAGUAUAAGUAGCAAAGGUAGGAACUAACACCUGGUUAUUUAAUUCAUUUUUUUUUUACCCAAAGUUUAAAAAUCAGGACUUUUUUAAUAGCUACUUUAUGAAGUAUGAAAACUUAAAUUACUGCUUGAUUGAAGAUUUUACCUAUUACCAGAAGAACUUUUUAAAGGCAUAAAUAAGAACAUAGACCUGAGAUCAUGCAAAAAUCUAGGAAAAUGUACAGUCAUGCUUAUUUCAUUAAUUGUUGUGUUUUUGUGUGCUGUGAAUUGCAUAAUCAUGUAGAGAAGUAUUUGUUGAUAAUUAUCUAAGUGUUGUUGAUAUUUAAUCAAUGUAUCAAAACUGGUUUUGUUGCUUACACUUUUCAAUUCUGAAGUAGCUUUACAUGACAUUUUUAGAUGCGAUAAGGCCAGACUUUCACUUUAUUACAACAGGUUGUUUAUGUAAUGGGUGGUUGUAAUGUUGCAUAGACUUGAUCUGAAUUUGGUGUCAAAAGUCAAGAGACUCUGCUUGAUCAAUUUCAUUCAUUUUGAGCAUAUUCUGUUGGAGAAAUGAAGUUAAUUUUUAUCGAACAAUAGGUCUUUCUUUCAAUUUUAAGUUGAGGAAAAUAUAUAUUUAAAAAAUUCACUUUAAAUGUUUAUAUUGUUACAACAGGUCGUAUUGUUGCAAAUGAAAUCUACAGCCCUCAAGCCUAGUCAACAUUCAAUGUGGUGGGUCUCUUAUUUGCAUAGCAUUUGUGUAAAUGAAAAAGCAAUUUCAUUGAAAGUAAUGCAGAAAGAAAAAAAAAUAGAAUACAUCAGUGACCAGAUUGAGAAAUUUCGAUGCACAAUCCACCCAUUUAGUCAUGAUAAUGCAAGAUUAAGAUACACCUGUCACUGACACUUAAACAUGCAAUGAGGCACAAAAGAGACGAGAGCUAGACAUAUAAUAUUCACUGUAAUUGAAAUUCUGGUUUAUGUCAUGGCCCAAGAAAAUUUCAUUGUGAAGUUUAGGAAGGUUGAGAUAUAUUUUCUUUUGCUCUGACCUAUUUUGGUCUCCAAUAUAGAGACUAAGUUUUUUUAGCAGAAAAAUCUGUUGAUUUAAUAACUCGUAAAUCUUUCUCCGCCUUUGAUCUUUUGGAUUCAUUAGAAAUUUGCAAUGAAUACUAAUGGUGCAUGAUUAUACCAAUGAAUGCUUUGAAAAUGUGUAAAGAAAUACACAAAAAGAAACCUGGCUUAGAAAUCAAUUUCUUUAAUUGCUUGGUGGAAAAUAUGUGGAAAUCUCAAGGUUAAAUCCAUAGGGAACAAUGAUUCAGGCUUCAUGCGGAUUAAUUCAAUAAAGCCAGACCUCAGCAGAGAAAUGGGAAAUAUUUAUCAGUGUUUAUGAUGAAAUGGUUGUGAUGAAAAAAAAGUGGAUGUUAUAUGUUUUACUUUUGAAAAUUAAAUUGGUUAAACUGAC